AUGGAGGAGGCGGCGGAGGCUUUGGAGGCGGAGGUUGGUGGAUUUGGUGGAGGUUUAGACGACCACCAUGGUGGCGGUGGAGGAGGAUAUGGAGGCGGCGGCGGAUUUGGCGGAGGAGGAGGUUUUGGAGGUGACGACCACCACGGCGGUGGUGGAGGCGGAUAUGGAGGCGGCGGUGGUUUCGGAGGCGGUGGAGGCUUCGGAGGUGACGAUCACCACGGAAGUGGCGGAGGAGGUUACGGCGGCGGCGGCGGAUUUGGCGGAGGUUUGAAUUGUUUCUAUUCUUAA